CUUUUUUUCCCUUUCUCUCUCAUACUCUUUCUUUCUUGUAAUAGUUGCAGCCAUUUAUUAGAGUAAUGUCGAUAAAUAGACAAAAAUCCCGUAUGCGCUUGAAUAAUAACCGAGACAAUACAGUUUAUUUCAAUUCUUUUGACUCAGUUUUGGAUAGUGAUCCUACCACUACCGUUAUGCCAUCCAUAGAGGAAUCAUUACAGGAUUGGCUUUCGAAAAACAGUAGUUCCCAAGAGAGUGACGAUAACUUGUUUGAUAUGUGUCAAUGCUGUCAUCAAAAUGAUUGUAAAAAUCAUGAAUUCAUCUCGAAACAUAUUCAAAAAUUAGAAAAUGAUAUUCGUUUAGCAGCAGUGAUUGGACAAAGUUUAUUACAAAAACAUGAACAUUAUGUAGCUGAAUCUAGUAUUGUAAAGAAUCGACUUGAACAAGAGAUUGAAUUAUUACAAGAAAAAACUCGACAAUUAGAACAGGGUUUGAUCGAAUCUGAUAAUUUAAAGCAAAUCUAUCUUGAAGAAAAAAUGAAAUCAAUUUGGGAAUAUCAAAAGACACAAAAAACGCUUGAUGAAACUACUUUAGAUUUGGAUACAUGUAAUAACAGAUGUUUAAAGCUUAGUGCUGAACUAAAAAAUUAUAUAAAUGAAGUGGAAAAGCUAAGAGUAUUUAAACUUAUGGCAAGACAAGCAGAUAUACAAGAAGAUAUUCUAAAUUCAAAGUUGGAAGAUGUAAAGCAAGAGUUGGCUAUUUCAAGGAGAGCAGAACUCAUGCUGGAAUCUAAACUCAGAAAACUAAAAUCAAAAUAUGAGACAGUCAGCAUUGCAUAUGAAAAACUCAAAGUAGAGCAACAAGAAAUGAGUAUAACAAAGGAAUUUCAACUUGAUGUAGUUUGGUUAAAAGAGUCAAAUGAAAAGUUACGUAAAGAGGUAUUAAAGGUAUAAUUGUAUGUAGCGUCUUAUUAUAUAUAUAUUUUCAUAUCUUUUAUUAAUAAUGAUGAUAUAUUUACUGGAAACAUAUAUGUAUAUAUACAUUAUUUGCAGCUUACAAAUGCUUUGCUUUUACCUCAUUCUGCAGCUGAAUUACAAAUACCCAAUAAUAAUAAUAAUAAUCAAAAUUACCUUAUUGAACUCAUUAAAGAGCUGGUAUCUGCAAACAAUAAAUUAAAAGUGGAC